CAUAUGGUCGGUCCACUCGUGAGCUUUCUUGCCACUCGUGCCCUGUGUAUUCCAUUAUCUUCCUCGCAACAGGCGACCCUUAAUUACUGCAACUCUUUUUAACCUGCGGUGCAUCAAUCGGCGCUGUCAGCCAUAUUACAGUGUGCGAGCUAACAAGAAUGAUUUAACACGUUCAUAGGCUUACGCGGCAGGAUGAGCUUGGUGCCCUUCUCUCAACUCUGGCGCGGUGUGCGCACGCGGGGACCCGUAGAACAGGCAUCCAGCAGCUCUAGUUCAUCAUCUAGCUCAAGGCGUACCUGGUACGCUCCAGCGCGAUCGCAAACGGGCGUGCAAGUGGCUGCGUAUGAGCCCACGGCUGUUCUCCAGCUCGCGCCAUCAGCAGUUAGCCGGAGGAGCACCCCAGUUCGCUCUUCCAUCAUAGCUGACCUCUCCAGCUCCGGAUCUGGCGAUGGCGAGGGGGAGCGCGGGGACGCGACCGGAAGCCGAGAUGAGGCGUCGAGCGCUUUCGCUGGGUCGUCAAAGGUCUUGAAGAUUAAUAUCGACUUGCUGCUGUGGCGCUGCCGGACGUCACGGAUCCGCGCUCGUCAAACUCUUGACUUGAAUGAGCGUAAGAGCUUAUACAAGGCCGCGGAGGAUGGUCUACGGCGGUGCCUGGCGCUCGAUCCCGCCGACCCCCGCGCAUACGUGGUGCUCGGCAAGACUCUUGUGCAGCAGAAGCGCUAUGAUGAAGCGCGGCAGCUGUACCAGGAUGGCUGCGCCAAUACAGGCAACGUCAACCCAUACAUUUGGUCAGCAUGGGGCUGGCUAGAGGCGCGGACAGGCAACGUGGAGCGCGCGCGCAAGCUGUACGACGCGGCGGUAGUGGUGGACGGCACGCACGCGUGCGCCUGGCACAAGUGGGGCAUGCUGGAGAAGGGCCAGGGCAACUUCACACGAGCGCGCGAUUUGUGGAUGCAGGGCAUCCAACGGUGUCGGCGGAAGCCCCAGUCGCAGAACGCCUACCUAUACAACGCACUCGGCUGCAUGGCAGCGCAGCUGGGGAGGGUGGGCGAGGCGCGGUCCUGGUUCGAGGAGGGCACGCGCAGCGCGGAGGGGGCGGCCAGCGUGGCGCUAUGGCAGGCGUGGGCGGUCCUUGAGGCCAAGCAGGGCGACCCGACUGUGGUCCGCUACCUGUUCCGGAAAGCUCUGGGCGCCAACCCACGAUCACGGUACGUGCACCUGGCCUGGGCGCUGUGGGAGCGCCGGCAGGGCAACCCGCAGCACUGCCUGGCGCUGCUGAGGCGCGGCUGCGAGCUCAACCCUACCGACCCAGCGCUGUACCAGGCGUGGGCGCUGGUGGAGAAGCAGGCGGGCCGCAUCGAGCGCGCGAGGGAGCUCUUUGAGCAGGGCCUGCGGGCGGACCCCAGCGACCUGUACAUGUGGCAGGCGUACGGCGUCAUGGAGGCGGAACAGGGCAACAUGGACCGCGCUCGCCAGCUGUUCCAGGAGGGCGUGUGGGCCGACCCGCGCUCGCCCUCCACCGUGUACGUGUUCCACGCCUGGGGCGCGCUGGAGUGGCAGGCGGGCAACGUCCAGACGGCGCGGGAGCUGUUCAAAGCCGCUGUUCGGGUGGACCCCAAGAGCGAGACCACGUGGGCAUCCUGGAUCGCCAUGGAGUCGGAGCUGGGAGAGAUUGAGCGCGUGGACGAGCUGCGCAUCCGGCAGGCGGAGCGGCAGUGGGAGUUCGUGGUGCCGGCCGGCUUCACUACGCGGCCCGCACCUGGCCUGGUAGACACUCUGGCGCGCUUCUUCUCAGCGCGCGGCUUUGGCAGCGACGGCAACGGCAGCAGCAGCAGCAAUGGCGGCGCCGGCGGCCAGCAGGCGGGGUCUGAGGCGGCAGCGGGCAUACGUGCCGCUGACAGCGUGGACCUCACAGUAGACGGCGGCGGCCAACUGCGGUUCAAGGACGUGGAGCGGCUGGUGGAGAGCAACGACCUCUCUGCGCUACCGGAUUUCCUUUCAUCUGAUGACGACGUGGAGGCAUCGCUGCGGCCACCAGGGGCGGCAGGCAGGCGCCAGCAGCAGCCGGCCGGGUCGGGGACAGGAGGGGACAACAUCAACGGCAGUGCGGGUUACGGCAAGCUGCAGGUGCCCAGCCUGGUGCCGCGGCCCAAGGCUACCCCGCUGAGGUCCAUGGGAUGAGGCGGUGGAGGCACUACAGCAGGUGCAGGAUGCAUCAGCAGCAGUUGUUCUGAACACUGAGGAGAUGCGCCGGGCAUGGCAGUGGAAAGUAUGCGCCGGUCGUACGUACAUCAUGGCGUUGAGGCGUGCUGGCCAGCUGCACUUGCUUUACUUUCAGCCGCGUUGACUUGGUGACACGCGGCAUGCGCUCAUUCAGGAGCAGCUGGGCAAUUCGCGAUCGGCAGCGCUGCAGCCCGGUAGCGGCGGCGGGGGCCCUGGUGUUGGCGGCCGUGCGGGCCUUGGCGCGGGGCCUGGCGGCGGAUGUGCGCAUUGUGUAGACGUCUAAGACCACAUGCCAUAGGCGUUGUGCUAACCUCGGUUAUGAUGGCGUAUGGCCUCAGGCGCCUAGGCGCAGCAAGGGACAGCGUGGCGAAGUCCCGAGAGUGUAUGGCGUAACCCCAGAUCAGGGCAGUAGCCGAGUAGCGUUCAUGAAUCAAGCUGCAACGGCAGCGGGUCCGCGGCUGGUCGAACGCAGCUAGCCUGCGUGAGAGUCUGACAGAAACCUGGUUUAGGAUGUGCAAUCGGCUGGCGAGUUCACGCAUGUACCGACAUCCUUUCUGCCUUGCCAAUCACACGGGAGUCGACGGCCACAGCGGAUGGUGAUAUACCCCUGAUCGCACGGGAGUGCAACUGCCAGCGACUGCGUGUGAAUAGGGACCACCUGUGUGCGCGUGCGCGUGUGUGCGUGUGUGCGUGCGUGCGUGCGUGUGUGUGUGUGUGUGUGUGUGUGUGUGUGUGUGUGUGUGUUAAAAAACGAAACGAAAGC